AUGGCCGUGGAUGUGGGAAAAUCACUUUCUGAAGCCUCACUGAGCGGGAAGGCCGAGGACGAUGGUAGGUGGGACGGUGCAGAGGUGGAGAUGGACUACCCAGAGCUAGUGGACAGCCUGCACCGGCUUUUAGGGGCAGAGGAAGCCAAGCCCUGCCCGCAAGGGACGGAGAGUGUGGCAUUGAGUGGACGCAGUCACUUGGCCACUGGUGCUACCCCGGGAGGCUCAAGCUACCGCCCAGAAGCAUCUUCAGCAUCCACAUCCAGAUUUCUUAGAGCAAGAGCAAACCUCUCGGAGACGUUAAUUUGUAGAGCUGCCGACAGCGGCGAUGUGCCUCGUCGUGUUAGCCACCGGUUCCGCUCCUCAGCAGAGCAGCAGGUGAAGGCAUCAGGCUGUUGGGAGCCAGCAUCCAGCCCUCUCAGCCAGUGCAGCUCUGCGGAGGAGAGCAUCCUUGCUGGCAGCUGCCACGAUGCCCGUGCCGGCCGGCGGAGCCAAAGGCUGGGACCUGAAUCCCCAUUUUCCUCCACCCCGGAGCUCCUACGGCCCCAAAGCACCCCCAGCCCCGAAAGCGCCCUCCGGAGCCGCUCCGCACUGAGCUUCUCCACUCUGUCUUCAGAAGAAAACAUCCUCUCCGAAGAGCCGUCCCGAAGCUUACUGGCCAGCAUGGAUGUGUCUUCUCCGACGGCCACCGCUGCCCGGGACCUGUGCUGUCGGUGGGGUGCAGCAGAAGACCGGGCACCACGGGCGCGCAAGCCCUUCCGUCCUCUGCUUGAUGACCGCACCACCGUGGAGCGCGUCAGAGAGAUGUCGUCCUACCAAGCUGAUUACUGGGCCUGUGCCAUACCGGACUCGUUACCCCCGUCUCCGGACCGUCACUCACCCCACUGGAACCCCAAUAAAGAGUAUGAGGACUUGCUGGAUUAUGCUUAUCCGCUGAAGCCAAGAUACAAGCUGGGAAAAAUGCCGGAGCCUUUCCUCCAUGACUCAGGAAUAGGUUUGGACAGCUUUUCUGUUUCCCCUGAGGGCACGUUGAGGUCCACCAGCAUCUACGGCCAAGGUGGGCAGGCUCAGGGAAGCAGAGAAAAUGGACGUUGGGGGUUCGUGGCCUCUGCAGAGAGGUUUUCCACCCCAGGAAAAAGAGGCCGCUCGGGAGCUGGCUCGUACAUUGAAUCCUUACCUCUUGCAAAAGCAUCCUUUGCAAAGAGUGUUUCCUCUCGUCCUUCUAGAAGUUUUGCUAAGGAUGUAACGACAGAGUCAGCUGGGCUGGGUUCAUCUCGCCCCUCUGCUGCAGAUGGGAGACGCUGGUGUCCCAGAGGGAGCCCCUUCCCAAACUACAACGGGCAGGUGAAAAGCACUAAUACGUUUUUACCUACAACGCGAGUGCUCCCUCUGAGGAGAGAGUGGGAGGGUGAUGAGGAAUUUCUCUCCCUGCCUCCGAGACUGCGGGAGCUGGAAGGGCUGGCUCAGUUUUUGUCCAAUCUUUCCUUAACUAUAAGGAUGCCUGGGCAUGACCACCGUAACCUUCCACGUCACAGCAACAGCAGGCAGCCCCUUUCCUCCGAGCUGGCUCCUUUCGGAGAAGCGGUUGGCAAGGACGAAAGAGGGAAUAUUGAGGGUUGUGCUGGGCUGUGGCAACCCUGCCGCUCCCGAAAGCCCAGCUGGGAAAACGCUGAAUCGUGUGGCCCGUGGCGGAUCCAUAGGGAUCCUCUGCGGGGGCUUCAUCUACCGACCGGUCCCAGGGCCACGUUGGAUGGGACAUCCCUAAGUGAACCGUGGGUCAAGGGGCAUCUGAAGAAGGGCCAGAAGAGCGAGUCCCUUGCCCAGUGUGUGAAGAUGUUUUGCUGCCAGCUGGAAGAGCUAAUUCGUUGGCUGUACAACGUCGCGGACAUCACCGACAGCUGGGUACCACCCUCGCCGGACACCGAGAGCGUGAAGGCAUCGCUGCACCGCUACUUGGAGUUCAGGAAAGACGUGGCCAACCACCGGAGCCUGACGGAGAGCGUGCUGGAGAGGGGAGAAGCUCUCCUCGACUGCAUGGCGUCGAACUCGCCAGCUCUGAAAGACACGCUGGGUUUGAUUGCGAAACA